UUGGUAUUGACACCAAUAUAACUUAUUCAAAUCAAUCAAAUUUGGUUGUGGAAAGAGUAACUUUGUUUACUAUACCACCUUCAUCGUCCUGGCCAGUAACUAGUCAAGGACUAUUAUAUGACUGUGAAUGGAUGUUAGUAAAUGGAAAGGCAUUAAGUCAAAAAAUAUAA